CGGGAGUAGUUCCGCUCCCUGGGCGGAAGUGCGCGCUUAGGUUUCGGCUGCCGACCAGCCGGCGUCAUGGUGGUGCCUGUGCUAGAGGCUGCUCACGUGUUUUGCUGCCCGAAUCGGGUGCGGGGAGCCGUGAGCUGGAGCCCUGGGCCCGGAGGACUUCUGGCCUUUGGCACGUCCUGCUCGGUGGUUCUCUAUGACCCUCAGCAAAGGGUAGUUGUUAGCAACCUGAAUGGUCACGCUGCUCGAGUCAAUUGUGUACAAUGGAUUUGUAAACAAGAUGGCUCUCCUUCUACUGAAUUACUUUCUGGAGGAUCUGACAAUCAAGUGAUUCACUGGGAAGUAGAGAAUAAUCAGCUUUUAAAAGCCAUCCAUCUUCAAGGCCAUGAAGGACCGGUUUAUGUGGUGCAUGCUGUUAACCAGAGGACGGCAUCAGAUGCUGCAUCACACACACUGAUAGUUUCUGCAUCUUCAGAUUCUACUGUCCGGUUCUGGUCUAAAAAGGGUUCAGAAGUAACAUGCCUUCAGACCUUGACCUUUGGAAAUGGAUUUGCUCUCGCUCUCUCCUUAUUCUUUUUGCCUAAUACUGAUGUACCAGUAUUAGCCUGUGGUGAUGAUGACUGCAAAAUUCACUUAUUUGUGCAACAAAAUGAUCAGUUUCAGAAAGUACUUUUUCUUUGUGGACAUGAGGAUUGGAUAAGAGGUGUGGAGUGGGCAGCCUUUGGUAGAGAUCUUUUUCUAGCAAGCUGUUCACAAGAUUGCCUGAUAAGAAUAUGGAGGCUCUAUAUAAAAUCGACAUCUUCAGAAAUGCAAGAUGAUAAUAUAAGACUGAAGGAAAACACUUUUACCAUAGAAAAUGGAGGUAGUAAAGUAACCUUUGCAGUUACUCUGGAGACUGUGUUGGCUGGUCAUGAAAACUGGGUGAAUGCAGUUCAUUGGCAACCUUCAUUUUGCAAAGAUGGUGUUCUCCAGCAGCCAGUGAGAUUGUUAUCUGCCUCAAUGGAUAAGACCAUGAUUCUCUGGGCUCCAGAUGAAGAGUCAGGAGUUUGGCUAGAACAGGUUCGAGUAGGUGAAGUAGGUGGAAAUACUCUGGGAUUUUAUGAUUGCCAAUUCAAUGAAGAUGGCUCCAUGAUCAUCGCUCAUGCUUUUCACGGAGCACUGCACCUUUGGAAGCAGAGUACCGUCAACCCAAGAGAGUGGACUCCAGAGAUUGUCAUUUCAGGACACUUUGAUGGUGUCCAAGACCUAAUGUGGGAUCCAGAAGGAGAAUUUAUCAUCACUGUUUCUACUGAUCAGACAACUCGACUUUUUGCUCCAUGGAAAAGAAAAGACCAAUCACAGGUGACUUGGCAUGAAAUUGCAAGGCCUCAGAUACAUGGAUAUGACCUGAAAUGUUUGACAAUGAUUAAUCGGUUUCACUUUGUAUCUGGAGCAGAUGAAAAGGUUCUUCGAGUUUUUUCUGCACCUCGGAAUUUUGUGGAAAAUUUUUGUGCCAUUUCAGGACAGUCAGUGAGUCAUGUGCUUUGUGAUCAAGACAGUGACCUUCCAGAAGGAGCUACUGUCCCUGCAUUGGGAUUAUCAAAUAAAGCUGUCUUUCAGGGAGAUACAGCUUCUCAGCCUUCUGAUGAGCAAGAGCUAUUCACUAGUACUGGUUUUGAGUAUCACCAGGUGGCCUUUCAGCCCUCCCUGCUUACUGAACCUCCCACUGAGGAUCAUCUUCUGCAAAAUACUUUGUGGCCUGAAGUUCAAAAACUAUAUGGACAUGGCUUUGAAAUAUUUUCUGUUACUUGUAACAAUUCAAAGACUGUGCUUGCCUCAGCUUGCAAGGCAGCUAAGAAAGAGCAUGCAGCUAUCAUUCUUUGGAACACUACAUCUUGGAAACAGGUGCAGAAUUUAGUUUUCCACAGUUUGACUGUCACGCAGAUGGCCUUCUCACCUAAUGACAAGUUCUUACUAGCUGUUUCCAGAGAUCGAACCUGGUCAUUGUGGAAAAGGCAGGAUGUAAUCUCACCUGAGUUCGAUCCAAUUUUCAGUCUCUUUGCCUUCACCAACAAAAUCACUUCUGUGCAUAGUAGAAUUAUUUGGUCUUGUGAUUGGAGUCCUGACAGCAGGUAUUUCUUCACUGGGAGUCGAGACAAAAAGGUGGUGGUGUGGGGUGAGUGUGACCCCAGCGAAGACUCCAUUGAGCAUAGCAUCGGGCCCUGCUCCUCAGUCCUGGAUGUGGGCGGGCCUGUGACAGCUGUCAGUGUCUGCCGGAUGCUUAACCCUUCCCAACGAUAUGUGGUGGCAGUUGGAUUAGAAUGUGGAAAAAUUUGCAUAUAUACCUGGAAAAAGACUGAUCAAGUUCCAGAAAUAAAUGACUGGGUCCAUUGUAUGGAAACAAACCAAAGCCAAAGUCAUACACUUGCUAUCAGAAAAUUAUGCUGGAAGAAUUGCAGUGGAAAAGCUGAACAGAGUGAAGGAGAAGGUGCUGAGUGGUUACAUUUUGCAAGCUGUGGUGAAGAUCACACUGUGAAGAUAUAUAGAGUUAACAGAUGUGCACUGUAAUGGAUUUAAUAACCACAUGCUCACAAUCAUUGGUUCUUUUUUUUUGGGUACCGCCAAUUGAACUCAGGUCCUUGGGCUUAUGGGAUAGGCUACAGAACCACUGAGCUAAAUCCCAGUCCUCACAACCAUCAGUUCUUAAAGUGUUUGGCAUGUAAAUAAUCUUUCUUUACCUUCACAGUUGAAUCAAGUUUCACUUUUUAAGUCAGGUAGCAGUAAUCUUUAUUUGGUUUCUGGACCCUUGAUACCUGAUGAGAGCUCUUGACCCUUAUAUUUAUUAAAUAACAUAUACACACAUACCCAGAACUUCACUCAUAGUUUCAGAGAUUCUUGGACCUCCCUCCAUGUGUCCCAGAUGAAGAACAUCUAUUCUCCAUGACCAAAUUUAUCUUAUUUUGUGUUAUUUUGGAACUUUUCACUUCCCUCUUGGUCUAUUUUGUGUUGCUAUAACAAAUGUCUGGCUGAUUCAUUUCUGAAGAAAAGAGCAUUGUUUAACUCAGCGUCCUGGGUGUCCAAGAGCAUGGCCCAGUAUCUGCUUGGCUCUGGUGAGGACCUCAUGGUGGGUGGAAUCAUGAUAAGACCAUUUGGGGAAGGAAGGAGGUCUAAUGUUGAGACAGGAAUCAAAGAGAUUCAAGAGAGUUGUUGGACUUGCUUGUGACAAUUCACUUUUAUGAGAAUGCCCUGAAACAAGAAUGUACUUGUGUUGUAAAAGCAUUAUUCCCUUUUAAAGACUUAAUUGCCUCUCACUA